AUGUCUGUGGUAGAGAUGCUUUGGACGCCACAGCAGCAGUGGAGCUACCUGGGCGUCCUGGUCCUGGGAUCUACAGCAGUUGCGGUAUCUGCGCUGGUGGCCGCCUUAUGUCUGGCCAUUUGGCGGAAGGGCCUGCUGGCGCUGGUGAGCAGCGAGGUGCCGGGCGUUCUCCGGCGCCCGCUGUUCGACGUCCUACACGACAUCACCAUCGCCGCAAAACAGAGGAUAAUCAACGUCACCCGUUUCUCCAUGCUUCUCUUCUUCACUUUGGACGAGGAAGAGCAGAAGAGCAUCCGUAGCGGCCUGGGGCCGGAGCUCCAAGAGGUGCUCUUUAGACGGCCGAUUGCACAGCUCCUGCCAAGCCCAGUGCGGCGUUUUCUCUUCGGACCGCAGGAUGCUGCCUGCGCUGCCGGCCUGACGCAUCAGCUGACGCCGCGAGACACGCCGCGAGAUGCACGGGAGAGGUGCUGGGCCGAACCUCCCAGGCUCGGUGAUCGAAAUUGCGCCGACCCUCGGCCCGUGGGGCCCAGUGCCGGGCCAAGGGACGACUUGAAAGCUGCAGAGCUAGAGGCAGUACUGGCAGAAUGGACCGUUGGUGCUGUGAGCACCUAUGUGAAGCUCCUCGGCAUCGGCACUUGUCGACAGCUGCAAACCGUCCUUCGAAGGAGGAUCGCUCCGGGAACCUCGGCCGCUCCGAAGUGGAGCCUCCAAGCGCUGAGCGCGGCUCCCACGCUGCUCGGAGGCUCCAUGAUCAGCUUGGGCUGCGGAACCCUGGGCAUGGCUGGUGGAGGCUUCGUCGGUGCCAUUUGUGGUCUCGUUCCUGCUCUACUGACAUUCGGUCUCUCCAUUCCCGUUGGAGCUAUGAUCGGAGGUUUGGUCGGAUGGUUCUGUGGACUCGUGAGCGGCAUCCUACUCACGGUGUCAGUGCAUGGAAAGACAGGGGGUUUCGGCACGGCACAUUGCCGACAAAUGGUGGCUGCAAAGUGUUGUGUGGACUAG